UUUUACUUGAACACGGGCGUUGUAAGGUCGGCAGGCGAUAAGCAUCCCUGUCGGAACUGCUGGGCCUUUAAUUCGAUGUGUUCUCUGGACUCUCCGCCUCUUUAGUCUGCCCUGCACCCCACAGCUUCUGGUUCCUGAGUGCGCAGAGCUCCGCGGGUUGGUCCGUCGGGUCUCCAGCAGCUCCUCUCUGGUCUCCGCACCGCUCGGACAUGUAGCUCCUUGUUCUGCUGCGACUUCAAAAACUUCCAAAGAAUGGACCUGAAAUCCGAACUCCUCAAGUCCAUCUGGUACGCUUUCACGUCGCUGGACGUGGAGAGGUGCGGGAAAGUGUCCAAGUCUCAGUUGAAGGUGCUCUCCCACAACCUGUACACGGUGCUGAACAUCCCUCAUGAUCCCGUUGCCCUGGAGGAGCAUUUCCAGGAUGACGAUGAUGGACCYGUCUCCAACCACGGCUACAUGCCCUACCUCAACAAAUACAUCCUGAACAAGGUAAAAGAGGGGAUGUUUGACAAAGAGAAGUUCGACGACUUGUGCUGGAUGAUGACCAUGAAGAAGAACUUCGGCGGGUCGCGGCGCGGGCCUUUGUUGUCAGAGAGGAACUGCUUCAAGCUGUUCUGUUUAUUCAACCUGCUGUCCGAGGACCACUACCCGCUGGUGAUGAUCGUAGAGGAGGUCGAGUAUCUCCUGAAAAAAAUCUCCACUGCGAUGAGCGAGGAGUGGGACGGGAAGCCCUUAGAGGACCUGAUAACCCAGGAUCCCACAGUGCUGGAAGAAGGCAUGUCUGUUUGGACCUUUCUGGAACACAUGAGCGCGGGUCGGCUCCUGAAGACCACCAGCUCCGAGGCUUUCAGCUUGGCUCUGGACGAGGUGUUUCUGGAGAUGUAUCACAGCGUCCUCAAGAGGGGUUACAUGUGGAAAAAGGGACACGUGCGACGGAACUGGACCGAGCGCUGGUUUGUGCUGAAGCCCUCCACCGUGGCUUACUAUGUCAGCGAGGACCUAAAAGACAAGCGAGGGGAAAUCCAGCUGGACAAGAGCUGUGUCGUAGAGGCCAUUCCAGACCGGGAGGGGAAACGCUGCUUGUUCUGUGUGAAAAYGCACAACAAGACCUACGAGAUGAGUGCGUCUGACCAGAGGCAGAAGGUGGAGUGGACUCAAGCCCUUCAGACUGCCCUCCGUCUCCAACGUGAGGGAAAGUCCUCCCUUCAUCAGGAGCUCAAACUGAAGAGGCGAUUCCAGCGCGAUCAAAGCUCCCGUGAACGCAGCCGGAGCAUGCGGAGCAGCGGCAGCAGCCGGAGCAGCCAAUCGGACGACUCCAACGUCCAAGAGCAGGAGAGGACGGAGAAGGAUAGGCAGGAUUUAGAGAUCGAAAGCAUCAUCCAGCACGCUCGGGAAUUAGAACUUCGGCGGAGAGAGGCAGAAGAGAAGGAACGGAGGAGACAAAAAGAGGUGCAGAUGGAGCUGGAGAGGCAGCUGAAAGAGGCUGAGAUGCUGAGAGAAAACAUGGCCGCCCAGAUGCAGGAGAAGGAGAGGACGGCCGAGCAGCAGAAGAAACGGAUCCAGGAGCUGGAGCUGACGCAGCAGAAGCUGGAGGCGGCCCUCAACAUGGAGAUCCAGGCCCGGCUGGAGGAGGAGCGGGCCAGGCAGGAGCUGGAGAGGUUGUUGGAGGCCGAAGAGGAGAAGAGGAGGCAGUUCCUGUUCCUCCAAGAGCAGCAGGAGCUUCUGCAGAGGCAUGAGGCGUCAAACGGGCGAACAGGCGAAUCCUCCCCGUCYGCCCUCUACUCUGCCUCUCUGGAGCUUCAGCACCUGCAGGCGUCUCGUCAGAGGAGCCACCAGCACCUCGAGGAGAUGCAGGAGAGGCUGCGAAACGCCACUCAGCACGUGCGCCACUGGAACGUCCAGCUGAACCGCCUGAUGACGCCCAUCACCCCUGCAGAGCGUUUGGAAAGUCGCCUUCUAUCRCAAAGCACUUGUCCCAAAAAGGAGGAAGCGCUGGCCAGCACCGAGUUCAUCUCUAAAUAUAAGAUUCGAGGUCAGCGCAACAACCGGAUAGGAGACGAACAAAGGAAGCUGGAGGAGCAGAUGGAGGCCACCCACCUCUCGGAUGACUUAAACUGUUAGUUUUUAUUGUAAUUCAACAUUAAAUUACCUCAGAUAAAGGACAAAAAAAAUACCAGCAAGUUACAGCAAAUGACUAAAAUUAUAACUGAUGCAAAAAAAUGUAUGGAAAAAUACUUUAAACAAGAUUCAUGUUAGGUUUACUGAGAAACUUGUAUAAAACGGGAGAAAAGAGGAACAUUCAACCAACUCAUUUAUAAUUGUUCAAAAUGGRUAAAAGAAAUGUACUUUCAAGGCAGAAUGUGUAUUUAUAUUUUGAAUUGUGCACCAACAGGUAGUGAUGUGAAAAAAAU